AUGCCGUUCUCCCUAGCCUGCACCAGCCCCCGCCAGCUCUGCAGCGAAUGCAAGCCCAUCUACGCGCGUCUCGUCCGCGAAGCCUACGGCAAGUGGGAGCCCGAAGACAUCUUCCCCUCGCCGCGCGUCUACCCCAUCGGGUUCGCCAAGCGGUUCUCCCUCGAGGUCCCCAGCAAGGCCACGCUGGACAAGCACAUCUGUCAAGUCCUCAAGGGCGACCACCUCGCGGACCCCAAGCUGCACUGGCUCAUUACCAGGUCCAAGGACGGUAAGGGGCAGUCUAGUGUCAAGGUGUUUGUGCUCGUUGAUGUUGAGGAUAGCGUGGAGGUUACGAAGGACCUCAUGCAGAAGAUUUUCGGCGAGAUCGAUGGGGGUGCGAAGGGGUGGAAGUAUGAGGUUUUUGGGGAUAUCCAGGAGUGUCAGACUUUGCAGCGCUUGUUGUUUUUUGAGCAUAAGCUUUUGAGGAAGUGA